GCUCACACGUUUUUCUCGUCUGCUGUUUCUCCGACGCUGAUAGUUGGGAGGGCCCGAUCGUAUAUAAACAUAGACCCUGCUGCCGCUGCCCUUCUCUGGCAGAGUAUAGAGUAGUUGUCGCACACCACUGCUAGAACACUACCCACGAUACCUUCCUUCCCAUCGUUCGUUCAGAGCAACCUUGCCUUCGACCGACGUUAUAGAAACAGUGCAGCAAACAUACAGGACCUUUCUCGACCUUCCUCACACUCAACACACAACACCAACAGCAUCAUGAUAUCGACAGCAGUCCUCAACCAGCGGACCCGCACCGCCGUCGUGCCCCACCGCCCAUCCUCGACUUCAUCCACAUCCUCCUCAACUUCAGCAUCAACAUCAUCAUCAACAAAGCGAGGCGGCCACGUCUCCUUCGCCGUCUCCUCCUCGGAGAUCAAAUCGCCCCACAUUCUCUACAAUUGGUCCGGCGUCAACCCCAUCGCCAAGCACUCGCAGAUCUACUACCCAACAUCCAAAAAGGAACUCGCACAGCUGAUUCGGUCAACACAUGGCCGCGUCAAUGUCGUAGGCUCUGGAUUGUCGUAUGAGAAGAUUAUGACGACGCCCAUGAACGACCCCAGCGCUAUACUAGUCAGCAUGAAGAACUUUGUCGGCCUCAGACGGAUGACAAAGGAUACAGCAGUGUUUGGAGCAGCAACGACUAUCGACGAAGUCAUCCGUAUCCUUGGAACCCACGACCGCAUGAUGCCCUGCAGCCCCGGCGUCAUCGGCGUGCAAACCCUCGCCGGCUCCAUCGCAACCGGCACCCACGGCCAAGGUCUCUUCCAAAGCAGCUACGCCGACAUCGUCACCUCCCUCCGCGUCGUCCUCCCCAACGGCGACCUUGUCACCGUCGGCGGACCCAACGGCCGUGAGGACUUACCCCUCGAAGCCUUCGCGACCUCGAUCGGGAUGCUGGGCAUCGUCACGGAAGUUGAGAUUUCCCACGCGCCCCGCCGGGUCUUUACCUGCACGAAACUGACGUGUGAUAUCACCGAGUUUCUGCAGAUGUAUGUCAAGUGGAACGAAAGCAUCGAGUUUGUGAAGGUGUGGUGGUUCCCGGAGACGGACCAGGUGCAUGUGUGGUUGACCCACCCGGCCGACACGGACUCGCCGGCCUACAAGGCGUUUGCGGCAUCGGACCGCGUAAGACCCUUCGAAGCCGAGGUGUCGUCGUCUGCGCUGAACGACACUGUGCUCCUAUACUGCAAGGCCAUGUCGCACGACACAAAAGCCGCCCACGACGACUCCUCCUCAGACACAUCCUCCCGCUCCCCCUCCCCAUCACCCUCCUCGACAUCCUCCCCAUCACCCUCCGCCCAAACCACCACCCCCCCACCCCCAACAGACCUAACCCUCCCGCCCCAAUUCCGCACCGUCCGCCGCUUCGCCGACGCCCGCGACCUCACCGGCUACCAAGAACAGAUCCUCACCAAAGGCAUCCCCGUCCCCCAAGUCAACUGCGAAAUCGCCCUCCCCCUCUCCCACUUCACCUCCGCAACCCUGGCCCUCCGCACCUGGUCGCUCAACAACAAAUCCCGCCUGCACUACCCGUUCAUCUACCGCGCCACCGGCCAAUCCCGCGCAUGGCUCAACCCGGCCCACUCGGGCCCGGUGGUGUACGUCGGGUUGCUGGUGUACCUAGCGGAGGACGGGAGCAUCCGCGAGGACGGGUUGGAGACGAUGCGGGAGGUGCAGGCGAUCCUGGCGCGGUUCGGGGGGUUGCCGCACUGGGGCAAGCAUUUUGGGCGCGAGCUGUACGACUUCCCGAAUGCGUAUGCCCGGUGGGGCGAUUUCGCCGCCCUGAGGCAACGCGUGGAUCCGCGAGGACGGUUUUUGAGCGAGUUUCUGGGCGGUGUUUUUGGCGCGACGACCGAGAGGAGGACCGCGCGGAGGGAGCCGCUUACGGCGAGACUGUAGAGCUGUUCCCACAUAUGUACUGUACCUAAUCGUUACUUAGAUCUGUAAUAUAUCGUCAAUGGCACGGGCUAGAUAGAAGCAACGCCAUGGCGCAGGCCUAUGCAGGUUGAACAAACAAGCGCGGUCA